AUGCCCCGGCCGUCCCUGCCGCCUCCCCGCCGCGCCUGGGGGAGCCCCCGCCACGGCCAGGCCCUGAUCAGCACCCCCUGCCCUGCGGCUGCAUUCAUUUCCCCUGGGGUGCUGGGGAGCCCGGCGGUGGGGUGCUGGUUCCCGAGUGCGGAAGCCCCUCUGCUCGUAGCGGUCAGUCAAAGCUUAGCUCGUGUGACCCUCCCCAUUUCUCUUCCCGGAGCAGGACCCCCCGGAGCAGAGCUGGAGAUGAUCUCCCACAUGGAUCAGAAGGAGGAACGGUGGUUCUCCCACCUCCACGCCUACGAAGGGACAACCGUUCUGAGUGACACCUGCACAGGCCUGGGUGAAGUAGCUGCAGACAAAUGGAAAUGCCUUCAUGGUGAAGAGCAAAGUUCCAAUUUCUGUUCCUUUCAAGGGAUGAUUUUAAUGAAAACUAUAUGGAGGAAGAAGUGGCAUCACUACCCCACCAAAAUGCCAUAAAAGGUGUCUCAGGAGUUCACUGUGAAAUCAUAUCGUGACGUUUUCCUAUACUGACUAGAAAGAGGAAGAUGAAAUAUGUACGUAUCUCAGGCUGGGUUGAAAUUCUAGACUCUCCUUCCUUUAUUGCAUACUUAUGGUUCAGUAGCAACUCUCCUCUUCCAAGGCAUGCACUUCCUUAUCACAACUCUGCCAGACCACAGGAAGUGCCUGUGGUUUGUACAUCAAUCCCACGCAACUGAUAAGUUACCAGUUUACUUCACAAGAGUUUUCAGAGAACCAGGAGGUUCCGUUGAAUCUUUAAGUAGGCAAAUGUGGAGGUCUGUGUGUUUGCGGCUUUAGUCCUCAGCCUAUUCCAUAUUUUGGGUCUACGUAUGGUCAACAGCAAGUCAUCCUUCGCCCCUGGAAGUCCGUAGAAAGAGAUCAUCUGGAAAUCUAUUUCCCUGAUUGACCUGUCUUAAACCUGGAUGUGAUGCCUCUCUUCAGACAUACAUGUUGUCAUUUCUGCAUGCCAUGUACAUCCCUCUGACACCCAUUUACCCUUCCCAGCAAAACGCUGAAGAUGGGAUUGUGAGCAAGAAAGAGGAAAAUGCCCACCAAGGCAUCCCCGGGCCAGCAGAACCGGAGCGUUUACUCUCGGGACUCUCCAAGGAAAACAGUUCUCAGAGUCCUGCGCAGGACCCAGUCCUCCCACGCAGGUCAGAAAGGGUUCAGAGACCUCUGGGGAAGAGGCAAAGCCGAGUGACGCUAUGUGGAAGAAGUUUCAGGAGGCUGCCGGAUAUUAUCCAGCAGAGAAAUCCUUCUGCGAGGAGACUGACGAUAUGUGGGGACUGCGGGAAGAGCUUCCGGGUGAGCUCCAACCUCGUCCAGCAUCGGAGAAUCCACACUGGAGAGAAACCCUUUGCCUGCACCGAGUGUGGGGAGAGCUUCCGUCAGCAGUCGCAUCUCAUCCAGCACCAGAGAAUCCACACAGGGGAGAAGCCCUACAAAUGCUCCGAGUGCGGAAAGAGCUUCAGCAUGAGCUCGAAGCUGAUCCGGCACCAGGUAACCCACACCGGGGAGAAGCCCUACAAGUGUGCUGAGUGCGGGAAGAGCUUCUCUGGGAACUCGCAGCUCGUCCAGCACCAACGAGUGCACACCGGGGAGAAACCCUAUGAGUGCAGUGACUGUGGGAAGAGCUUCAGUGUGAGCUCAGCACUGACGCGACACCAGCGGGUCCACACCGGGGAGAAACCCUACGAGUGCACGGAGUGCGGGAAGAGCUUCAGCCAGAGCUCUGAGCUCAUGAAGCACCAGCGGGUCCACACUGGGGAGAAGCCGUACGAGUGCUCCGAGUGCACGAAGAGCUUCACCGUGAGUUCAGCCCUCAUCCAACACCGGCGGUUCCACAUGGGCGAACGCCCUUACAGGUGCACCGAGUGUGGAAAGAGCUUCACCGUGAGCUCCCACCUCAUCCAGCACCGCCGCUUCCACACUGGGGAGCGUCCCUUUGAGUGCACCGAGUGUGGGAAGAGCUUUCUGUGGAGAUCAGCCCUGCUCCGGCAUCACCGGGUCCACACAGGGGAGAGGCCCUAUGCCUGCGCUGACUGCGGGGACAGCUUUCGGCAGAGCGCCCAUCUCAUCCAACACCGGCGUAUCCACACCGGGGAGCGUCCCUACACCUGUGCCGACUGUGGGAAGGGCUUCACCGUGAGCUCUGCGCUCCUCCGGCACCAGCAGAUCCACAGGGGUGGGGAGCCCUAGGGAGGAGCAAAUGUGGGGAGCAGUUAGGUCUGAUACCCUGCGAGUGUCCCUGGGGAGCACAGCCCAGCGUCUCUCUCUCCCUUCGCUCUCUUGACCGCCCUGCUUGCAGAGGGUGAAAGCAGUUUCUUUUUAGGAGAACGAGUCGUAAAAAAGAGAGGUGGAAGAAGGGGAGAGUUGGUACAAGGAGCUGAAUUGGAGGUCUGGGGAAGCGUGUGUGACACAGCAGGGGAAAGAGGGGGUGUUUGGAGGGAGAGCUCCUGGGAGAGGGAAAGGAAGUGGUUUGAAAAGGCUGGAAUGCACUUGGCGGUGCAAAACCUUGCCUUUUCCCCAUGCACACGUUUUGGACAAUUCAUAGAGUGAACCAAACGGACCAUCUGAGAGCCUGCAACGCUCUCACUACACAAACAAAACCCCUUGCGUUCCCUCCCUGCCGCUGCUUUGCUCAGGGGCUCUGCGUUGCCUUCCUCGGGCCGCGGGUCGUAGCACAGAGAGCCCAAAAGCCUGGUGCGCCUCAGCUCCCCGUGCUGUCCCCCGACCCUGCCCUGCCUGGCUCUGCCCUGCCUGGCUCUGCCCUGCCUUCGCCGGCCGGCGGUGCGAGCGGGGCCUCCGUGCCGCGCUGGUGGUGGUCGCCGCCUGAGCGCGUGGGGCUUGGUGUCCGGCCGGGCAGGGGCCGGAGCUCCCGUGGGAGCCGCACCCUGUGUUAGCGAGCUCUGAUUGUGUCUAAACCCGCCAAAUAAAACCAUGGUUGAACC